AUUUACAUUCAAAUGCCAGGAAAGAAACCCAUCGCCGCUGUUGAAUUCUCAGGAAUUAGGGACGUCGUGGAAACCAGCCAUGCUGUGGAGCAUUAUUUAGAUGGUCUCGACGAGAACUUGAAAAUUAAUAUUCUCUCGCAGUCUGAUGAGCAGGUCGUUUUUGAACUUGUGGGCGUUGAUGCAUCCAUUGCAAACGCUCUGCGCCGAGUGUUGAUAGCAGAAGUACCAACAAUGGCCAUAAGUACUGUUUUUAUGAACAAUAACACGUCCGUGAUGCAGGACGAAGUGCUUUGCCAUCGUCUCGGAUUAAUCCCCAUCAAAGCGGACGCGAACGACUUCGAUUACAUCUGUCCUCCUGGUGAGAACGGUCACAACCGCAGCGACUUCACGGACAAGAACUCGCUGAAGUUCAAUCUGCGCGUGACUUGUCCGAGUCUUUCCGAGCUGCAGAAAGCGGCCAACAACCGCAACGUGGAAUAUUUGACGGUGUAUUCGCAGAGCCUGGAGCUGGAGAAGCUGGGCAGACAGCUGGAUUUGCCGGAAGGACAGAUCGGUCUGGUGCAUGAUGACAUCAUUCUGACGAAGCUCGCUCCCGGGCAAGCCAUCGAUUUGGAGUGCUACGCGACCAAAGGCGUGGGCGAGGAUCACGCGAAAUGGUCGCCGGUUUGUACCGCGGUUUAUCGCAUGCGACCGUCGAUCCGAUUCCCGAAGCCGCUCGUGGGAGAAGACGCAGAGCGGAUGAAGCAGAUAUGUCCGAUGGGAGUGUUCGAUAUUGAGGACAUUGGAGGCGAGAAAACGCUGCAUGUGGCGCAUGAUCUGAAUUGCACAAUGUGCCGAGAGUGUAUUCGCCUUCCGGAGAAUCGGGAAAAGGUGCAGCUGGGCGUGAUCCGAAAUGACUUCAUCUUCUCUGUGGAGUCGACGGGCUGCGUAUCUGCGAAGUCGCUGGUUCCUCGAGCGUUGGAAGUGUUGAAGCAGAAGUGUGAGACGAUCAUUAAGGAGUUGGAAGAACUGGAAAAUGGCGUUCCGAUGGAAGAAGAAGACGAGGAAGAGAAGAAGAUUAUGGUGGAAGAGGAGGAGGAGGAAGAGGAGGGAAUGAAGAUGGAGAAGGAAUAAAAAUGAUAAGGGAGAAGAAGAAGAAGACAGUGAAAAGGAAAAAGGUUGUUUUAUAU